AUGGGUAUCUUACACCGCAGCUUUGCCUUGGUAGUGGCGGCGCUGAGCGUCCAGGCUGUUGGCAAGCCUGUUCAGGAGCCCAGGGCAGAAACAAGAAACACGACAAAUCCCAAGCCUCUACUUCAAGAUUUUGAUGCCCUUGGCGCUUGGUUCGAUGGGGUAGCCUCAAUCAACAACACUCUGACUUCUCGCCAAAACAAUGCCACCAUCGCCAUCGUGGGAGCUGGCGUCACGGGGUUGGCCACCGCGGUGAUGCUCGACAGCGUUGGCGUGCACAACUGGGAAAUAAUCGAGGCCAGCGAACGCGUCGGCGGGCGGUUUCGCACCAUCUUCGUCGGCGGCACGCAGGAGUUUGCCGAGAUGGGACCCAUGAGGCUGCCGUACAGGAUCCGAUACAAGAGCGACAACUCGACGCAUGAAUACACGGAUCACAUGAUGACGUUCCAGCUUGCGGACUGGCUGAAUGAGCUCAACGGAAACGACCCCAAAUGGAAAGUGGACUUUAUCCCAUGGAUCCAACACCACCCGAACGAACUCAUUGCCAGGGGCACUGGAAGGCAUCCUGACGGUCGGGUGCCGACCCGCGCUGAGAUUGCCUCCAACUCGAGCUUGGGGAAGCCUCCCCCAAUGACAUCCCUGGAGUACAAAGACACCAAGAAGAAAAUGAACCACAUUUUAAAGGACGAAAAGACCCUCAGGGCCAUUCAAAAGGACAUUUGGCGCGCUCACAAGAAAGCCAUGGACGAUGGGCUGGACGACUGGAGCGAACAGGCGAUGAUGCGAAACGUCUUCAAGGCCAGCGAAAACGUCACCGACGCAAUCUGGACGGCAACCGACUACGACGUCUUUUGGGACGAAAUGGUGCACAACUCAAAUCUCGCACAGGAUGGAGGGGCGGACUCCCUGGGAGAGACUGAAUGGAAAUGCGUCGACGGCGGCUUCAAUCGACUGUCGGACGCCUUUCUACCGCAUGUGUCGGACCGACUCACGCUGAAUCGGAAGGUCACGAAGCUUGAGGCAGUGUCAGCGGCUACAGGUGGAACCAAGACCCGUCUCUCGUGGUAUGCCGGCUCAGGGGCCAACCGCACCUCGCACUCCAAAGAAUACGACUACACGGUCAUGGCCGUGCCAUUCACAAUGACGCGCUUCAUGGACCUUCCCGACUUCUCGUCUGUGCUAGGCCGGGCAAUUAGCGAGGCCGGCCUGCGAUUCAAGUCAGCGUGCAAGGUCUCUCUCUUGUUCCGCGAGCGCUUCUGGGAACAUGGUGAGCGGCCCAUCCUAGGUGGCUACUCGAUGCCAGAGAGCCUGGCUGUGGGAGCACUCUACUACCCCGUCUAUGGGCUCAACGAGACGGGCCGUCCGGGGCUCAUCACUCACUACCGCGGCGGCGACUGGAGCGAUCGCUUCGUCAGCAUGACGGACGCGCAGCACGCGGAGUUGGUCCUCGACGCGAUAGCCAACCUCCACGGAGAUUCGGCACGGGAGCUGUACACGGGAGACUAUGCGCGAUUGUGCUGGCUACAGGAUGAGCACACUGCCACGUCGUGGUGCCGGCCGGACGUGGAGCAGCACAAGCUGUACAUACCUGCGUAUCACCGGACGGAACAUAACACCAUCUUUGUGGGCGAGCACACGGCGCCGACGCAUGCGUGGAUCAGCUCGUCGCUGCACUCGGCGGUACGUGGAGCGGUGCAGCUCCUUCUGGAGAUGGGCAUGGUGGAUGAGGCGAAGUCGCUGAACCAGCGCUGGAUGGGUCGGUGGAUUGAGAAACGUUGA